AAAGAAAACAGCACAUUAGGUUUCUUUAUUUUCAUCAAAACGGAGGAACAUUUAGUCAUUUAAAGGGUUAACAUGAUCCCAAGUCAGCUUCCUGUUGCGCACCUGGAUGACGUAACUCAAACCACUUAGUUUUCUAAAUCCUCAGUUAUAAAAGAUAUAAAUGCAAUGUUUUAUUUUCUAAUAAGGCUUAGUGUGUUUGUUACAUUUCUGUAUAAAAUGAACUAACUUCCUGUGGAGCGUUUGUGUGUUUGUGCAGGAAACAUUCCUCAGAGAGCCACUCCCAUGGAGCAGCAGGAGGAGGACCCCCUGCUUCAGAUUUCAGCCCCUCAGACAGGAGCAGAGCUGCUUUCACAGUUCAGCAGAGCGUUUGUUGACAUCCCCGCUCUGGAAUGCCGUGUGGAGUCUGUCUGAGGGAAUAACCUGCUCUCAGGCCCCACUCAUGUCUGCUCAUCUUCUUGCCUCACCUCCAUCGUCCUGGCUGAUGCUGCGUUUCCUGCUCAGUGUGGUCUUGCUGCUGUCCUCGGGGGUCCAAGGCCAGGGUCGUCUGAAGCUGACGGUUCUGUCUGAGGACAGGUUGCAGAUGAAAUGGAAGGAGGCUGACGGACCCGUUCAGGGCUACAAAGUCCGAGUCAGAACCACUUCUGAGGAGCUACAACCAGAGCUGAUGCUGACCACCACCAGGGGCCGGGCCACAGUAGCAGGACUGGACUCCAGGCAGGAAUACUCUCUCCAAGUCUUUGUGCUGAACGGGACCACAGAGAAACUUCUAGCAAAGAGAAGAUUCACCAUGGAGGGUCUGCGAGAAGAGGAGAUGAUCCGCAGCGGUGGUCGUGAGAACAGGAAGAAGAUGCCAGGUGGGUCGGGGUCAGGGGAUCUGGAUGAUGUGACGGAGCCUCUGCUGGGUCCGCCAACAGUUCGGUUCCCGGACCCGACAACCACCAUGGCUGCCGCUGUCGCCACCGCAGAGCCCCCAGCGACAACAACCCCUUCUGAACUCCCUGAUGAGACCCCAGAGAGACUCACCAAAGAGAAGAGGAGGAGGCAGAAAGAAAAGGAGCGAGGUGGUUCCACUGUGCAGAUCAAAGAAGAGCAGGGGACCAAACAGGGGAUGUCUCAGAGGAAACCGUACGAGUGCGACAGCGAUGCAGCUGCAGACAUCGUGCUGCUGGUGGAUGGUUCCUGGAGCAUCGGACGCACCAAYUUCAGGCGGGUCAGAGACUUCUUGGAGGGUCUGAUGACACCUUUCCACAUCGGGCCAAACCACAUUCAGAUUGGUCUGACCCAGUACAGUGGAGACCCCCGCACAGAGUGGCACCUCAACAAAUUCACCACCAAAGACCAGCUGCUGGAGGCAGUCAGGAACUUCAGAUACAAAGGAGGAAACACAUUUACAGGACAUGCGCUGCUCCACGUCAUGGAGGAAAACAUGAAACCUGAGRCAGGCGCGAGACCCGAGGCGCCGUUUUUCUUGGUCCUGCUGACYGACGGGAAGUCUCAGGAUGAUGCGAUCGCUGCAGCGAACCGGCUGAAGAAYGCAGGCGUUGAAAUCAUUGCUGUAGGUGUGAAGAACGCAGAUGAGGCUGAGCUGAGGCAGGUGGCAUCAGAACCAGUUGAUCUUAACGUUUACAACGUGAAUGACUUCCCCCUGCUCGCCAAACUGGUGGCUCGUCUGGUUCACAUCCUGUGUAGAAGGAUAAAAGACCGGGGCAUCACAAAACGGAUGGAGCCUGGGCCCACGGCAGACCCAGUCCUCUCCUACCCGAGUCCGGCGGAUCUCCGCUUCUCUGAACUUGGAUCCAGGCAGGUGAAGCUGCACUGGACCAAUCCAUCGAAGCCAGUCCAGCAGUACAGAGUGGUGUACCACAGCGCUGACAGUCAGAGUCCCCAGGAGGUGGUCUUAUUAGGCUCAAAGUCCACCGUUCUGCUUGACGGCCUCUCGUCUCAAACGUUGUACCACGUCUCCAUCUUCCCUGUGUACGAUGAUGUCGUGGGCCUGGCGCUCAGAGGAACCGUCACAACAUUGCCGCUCACCAUGCCAGCCAACUUGGAGGUGGUUCCUUCUUCUUACAGCACGCUGCGAGUGAGCUGGAGUCCAACCCCUGGUGCCACUCAGUACAUGAUCCUGUACUCGGCGCUCAACGACGGAGAGCCGGAUGAUGCAAAGGAGGAGAGGUUCAGCGCUGAUCGGACAACGUUGGAGCUGGCAGGGUUACUACCAGAAACAGACUACUCUGUCACUCUUUACGCUCUCUAUGACGAGGAGCCCAGUGAUCCAGUUACCUCUGUUGCCACCACCUUGGCUCUCCCAGCUCCUGUAAGUAUUCAGUUCCCAGUGGUGACCCACAGUAUGCUGAAGGUGAGCUGGGUCCCCGGCGCCGUGGACGUACCCAGCCACAGAAUCACCUACAGCACCAACCACGGCAGCGACGUCAAGCAGGUGGAGGUAACGGGGGUGAACUCAGUCCUGGUGCAGAACCUCUUGUCUCUGUCCAGAUACCUGGUCUCAGUCCAGUCUCUUUACCCACAAGGCCCGUCUGCUGCUCUCACCAGCAACAUCACUACGUUAAAGGUGCCUGCUCCAUCAGACCUCAGAGUGACAAACUUCUCAGGCAGUGACGUCACCGUCCACUGGGAAGCUGCAGCUGAUGAUGUCGUCUCCUACCUGAUUAAAUGGAUCUCUCUGAGUGGAGGAGACCUGAGACAGCUGAAGGUGAACGGUGAGAGCGAAGGAGCAGUCCUGGAGGGAGUGGAGGAUGAUAAAGAAUACCAGAUCUCUCUGUCUGCUCUUUAUGGAGAUGGAGCUCAGAGUGAAGCGGUGGCCAUUCGCUACAGCACCUUAUCAGGUGGAGGCCCCUCCGGCGUCACUGUUUCAGAGGAAACCCCGGUCAGCCUGGUGGUCAGCUGGGUGCCCCCCAACGUUCACGUCCUGCAGUACCGUGUAACCUACACGCCUCUGACAGGAGCUGAGAGCCAGGACAGAACCGUGUUGGUGCCAGGUGGGGACAAACAGGUGGUGUUGGAGUCGUUGCAGCCAGACACUCGUUACAGCAUCCUGGUCACGGCCGAGUAUCGUGGCAGAGAGGGAGGCAGCGGAUCAGCUCAAGGCAAAACCACCAGUCUGCGAGUGAGCAGCGUCAGCGUGGUCCGGUCAGACCACUCCAGCAUAUGUUUGUCGUGGAGACCAGUGACCUCGGUGGAUGGAUACAGGAUUGUCAUUCAGUCCGUUAAAGACAAACGGACAAAUCAGGAUGUUGUGGACGAGUCCAGCAGCAGUUACUGCUUCACUGAUUUGGAACCAGAGACUCUGUAUUGGAUCAGCAUGCACUCGCUGCUCGGCCCGAUAGAAGGCGCCGCCGUCUCCAUCCUCCAUCCAACAGCUCCAGCUCCUGUCAGAGUUCACAUCUACCCUCAGAUGUACCCGAUCCAUAAUGAAGUUUGUCCUGAAGUCACCAUCAGAAACAGCAUUGUUAAAGGUUUAUUCACCCUGCAGGUUUCUCUCCGGACCACACCAUCAGCAUCUCCUUCCGGCUGCUGCAGGAUACACCCAGGGAGCCCUUUGCUCUCUGGCAGCUCACCGACAGCGACUUCCAGCCAAAGAUGGGGGUGGUUAUCAACCCUUCUACCAAACAUCUGAUGUACUUCAGCCUGGACUACAGAGGAGAGGUUCAGGAGCUGACGUUCGAUCAGCCGCAGGUUCACAAGCUGUUCUACGGAAGUUUUCACAAGGUUCACCUGUCUGUUAGCCAGGUGAGCAUAUCUUUGUCUGUGGACUGCCAGCAUGUAGGUGAGAGACCGGCCCGUCCUCUUGGAAACCUGCCGACCGACGGCUUCGAGAUGCUGGGGAAACUGGUGAAAACAAGAGGACCCAACAGUGGCUCCGCCCCGUUUCAGCUGCAGUCCUUUGAGAUCGUCUGUAACACCACGUGGGCUUCAGACGACACCUGCUGCGAUCUGCCCGGAGUGAGAGAUGAAGAGAGCUGUCCUGCUCCUGCCUACAAGUGUACCUGUUCCUCUGAUGCUCCAGGAGCUUCAGGUCUCCCCGGGUCAACUGGGAGGCCAGGAUCUCGAGGAGAGAAAGGGGACAAAGGAGAUCAGGGCCAAAAGGGGGAGGUGGGCCCCCCAGGAAAGGCUGGACUUGAGGGAAGCCUUGGACCUGUGGGCAGCGUAGGACCACGAGGCAUUACGAUGCAGGGAAAAAUGGGUCCUCCAGGAGCACGGGGAGAAAAAGGAGAUCCAGGGCAACCAGGAGUACAGGGUUCACCAGGACCUCCAGGUCCAAAGGGGGAGGUGGGGGUCCCAGGCCCCCAGGGUAUCAGGGGUGUGGAGGGAAACAUCGGCCCCCCCGGCAGCACUGGAGCCAGGGGUUUCCAGGGAGUUCCAGGACACCCAGGACCUGUUGGGGACAGGGGACCCCCGGGGUCUGUUGGACCAACGGGUCUGUCAGGAAAUAAAGGGGAACAAGGUGAAAAGGGGGAGCCUCAGUCUAUGGCCAUGAUCUACCAGCUGGUCACACAGGCCUGUGAGCAGCUCAUACACAAGGAAGUGUUGAAACUCGACAUGUACAUCGAUAAGAUCAGUCGUAAGCCAGCUCCUAUAGAGGAGCCUCUGGGGGCCCCGGGAGAACCAGGUAUACCGGGGCCCAGGGGUCCACCGGGUGCCAGGGGCCACCAGGGGAGCGUGGGCUCACGAGGCAGAACCGGCAGGGCGGGGUAUCCAGGAGAACAAGGGAGGAGGGGGCUUCCAGGGGAGAAGGGGGACGCUGGCAGCAGAGUCCAGGGACCCCCAGGGAUCAAAGGAUUUGCAGGCCCUGCUGGAGAGACUAAGACAGGAGACCCAGGUCCAAAAGGAGAUGAUGGCAACUCAGGACCACUAGGGAUUCCAGGACCCCCAGGUCAGCCAGGCGAGGUUGGACCACCGGGUGCGUGUGACAGCAGUGGAGGCUGCCAAACAGUUCCUGAACAAACAGAAGACCCGUAUUAUGGCUACGAGCCCUGAGAGGAGGAAACCAUGACCGAUGUACUACUGUUCUUACAUCAGAACUAAAUAACAGACUCAGAAAGGAGCUAGAAAAGGACACAGACCAAAUUCAGAUUCUUGAACGAUGUGGUAGUUUCACAUAAAAAAUAAAAAUUGGCAAUGAUCAAGCCAAAAAUAAACAUUCUCUGAGGGAUCAGUUAAUCUCAUACAAGAAAUUAGCACUGAAACUUUUUGUUUCAAAUGUUUUAUGUAUUCAUGCACUGUUAAAAAUGUCUAUAAAAUUUGUAUUUUAUUUGCAUUUUAACCUUAACUGCCUCAAAAUACAGAGAAAGCAUAUUCCAUGGUGGAAAAGCUCUUUGUUUUUUUCUCCCAUGGCAUAAACGAAACUGUGAGAAAAAUGUCAUAUGGAUGAUAAUUUGUAUAUUUUUAUGACAUUUAUUGUAUCUUUCUAUUCAUGUAUAUUUUAUUCUGUAUAAAUUCUAACUGAUGAUUUUUUUUCUAAAUAUUUGUAAUAAUUAUUUGUGUGGAAAAAUUAAAAUGUCAUGUCUUUUUC